CGACGAUCAGCCAUUCGUUUCACAGCCCCUCGAGGCCAAGGUCUACAGUGUUCUCGUGCCGGUCGGAUGUGCGCCCAGCCUAUCCGUCAAGUCGCACAAUGCCCCUAGUGGCUACAUCCGACAGCAUGAGAUUUGUCAAGGAACAGUCGCCGUAGCUACGCAGGGAUUUCACCAAUUCGGCGACGAAAUGGCCGACAAUUAUGAGCUGCAACAAGAACUGCAUUGUGGUGCUUGGCCUGUUGUUUUCACGUUGGAAUUUGUCGAGAUACUCAGUGGACGGCUUGUCAUCAAUUUCAAAUCAACGGAUGAGGGCAAUUUAGAGCACGAAAAGGUCAUCUGGAGUGCAGAUGGUCCGAAAAAACCGCCCAACAAGACGAUCUAUGGUGCAAAUCUGGCUAAUUUCAUGUGGACUCUCGCCGAGACACCGGAACCAAGCCUCACCCAACAGGAGGGCUGUUUUGCACGAUUU